CGCUCUAGUUUAUGAAACUUAGUAGUUGUAAGAAGGAUCAGAGCUAAAGAAAAUUGUCAGCUUUAUCAUACCGGUGUAAAUCUAAACAAGCUAUAUACAUAAUCUGGAACAAUUGAACUCGAACAUUGGAGCCAUGCCCAAGAUAAACACGUUAAUCAUGGGGGAAACGGGAACAAUUGACAUAAAUUGACUAGCUGCAGAGAGUUGCUCAAUGACAGGAGGCAGGAAGAAAUGGUAAAAGAGGAAGGAAAACCUGAAGGGCCAAUAAUGGUGGAGACCCAAUGGUAGAGAUUGUCGCCUUUGGGCCCUGCAGAGCAAUCAGGCGGCGGAUCCAUGCUGAACUCCGUUAUCUCUCUCUGUAUCCUCUUCCCCGAUGUCGACACUGAUGUGGGCGACACCCAUGAAUUAUUCGCCGUCGCCGAUGAUGGUCCCCCGCCGCCGCCUCCUCCCUGCGCAGAGACAUCACGGCCAGAAAUCCUAUACAUGCUUCGGACCAACAAGCAAUUUCGCGUGGAAUUCGAGGUACAGCUAGCAGCAAAGGAAAAUUACAACUGAACUGUGAACUCCCUGGCAAACAUUUUCAACUUGUAGCACCUUCAGCCCGGAGAAAUCAGAGAGGCAUGCUCAUCGGAGUGAAGUUCGAACUAGGGCUCCUCUCUUUUCUUGCCCAGAAAAUGGUUUCCCACCCAAUAAAAGAGAAAACUUUACAAAUUCUCCCUCUCGGCUUUGUCUUUUUCCGCAGCUGCCGCCGAAUCCCACUUGCUCUUCGCCGGGCUCUCUGGCUCCGGCUUAACAACAGGGGAUAUCCGGCGCCGUUUCGGGAUAGGGUUGCCGCUGGGGAAGGGCAAAGCAUUGGGUCGAGCUGAAACGGCGUCGUACAAGGGCCGCGAAGGUAAAUUAGGACAUCUCGAAAUAUCAGAACCGAGCAGCAAGGGUUUCUUCUCAAGUGUUGUAAUUUAAGUGUGCGGCGACAGAGCACAAACCCAUCCAGAGCCUGGGCACGUAGAGAGAGAGAGAGAGAGAGAGCGCAGCAGUAGGGUUAAUGUGGUGAGGUUUCCUUGGCCGCAAGCUGAGAGAAAGAAAGAGAGGCAACGCGGGCUCGACGGAAGGGAGUAAGGUUAACGUAUAUUGGAGAUUCGCUACUGAUUUUGCCGACGGAAGCGAGCUCACAUUCGACGGGAAGAAGGGAAGAGAUACCAGUUAACGGAAGAGAGAGAGAGCGGUGACGCACGGAGGGUUCGACGAGGAGAAAUCAGAAGGGGUGAAGAUCGAGGAGCGCGCAAGAUUUCAGCUUUCAGAUUCUUGACGCCGGAAUUUGAGUUGGAUUUCUCCCGAGUUGUAUGGAGAUGUGCGGGCCUGGCAUCUCCCCCGUGCUUGAGAUGCUCGGGGCUCGAAGCCAGGAGUAUUUUUUUCUGUAAAGUUGUGAACUUUUAGGGUUUGCCCACCUGGGGAGUUUGUUUGAGUAGUGAAAGGGAAUGGUUUAGAUUUUGGUGGUGGUUGAAAUUGAAAAUUAGGCUAGUUGCCUCUGAGAAUUAGAAUUUGGUAUGUAAUCGAUAGACAUGUUUGUGAAUCUGUUGGUGGUUGCAAGUUGCUGUUCCGUGUUGCUUGAGUAAAACUGCUCAAAAGUUGUCCUACUUUUCUUCCCUUGUGAUGUGAUCUACUGGGGAUUGACUGACUGCCUGCCUGCUGUAUCUUCCCCUAACAUGUUUGAUAUGUGUUGAUCAUCUGGUCUUAACCAGUGGAGAGACUACCUUCCUGUUGUAAGGAUGUGGUUCUUCUGCUUGUUAGAGUGGAACUGGAUUUCCACUUGCUUAUCCAGUGUUUUAUUUUUUAGAUAGAUUAGGGAGUAGUGCCUCCCUGACUUUUAUUUUGUUUUGUGAUUGUUAAGUGGGGCGCAAGAGUGGAUAAACACAUUUAGUAUAGGAUUCAAUUGGUACAGUAUCACCAUGAAUGUCUGUGAGGGUUGAUAUCGCAGGUUUUGUUAUGCUAACCUGGGCGUCUGUUGGAAAUUUUCAGGUAAAAGCUUUGUGAAAUGCGAGGAAGGAGUUACAGUCCAUCGCCCCCAAGGAGCCACAGUAGAAGGAGGAGGAGUCCAAGUCCUAGGGGACGAUAUGGUGGUCGCGGAAGUGCAAGAGAUGAGCCUACUAGUCUUCUAGUUAGGAACCUUCGCCAUGAUUGCAGGCCAGAAGAUCUUCGCAGGCCCUUUGAACAGUUUGGUCCUUUGAAGGAUAUUUAUCUGCCCAAAGAUUAUUAUACUGGUGAACCUCGUGGUUUCGGGUUUGUCCAAUAUGUUGAUCCUCGUGAUGCUACUGAGGCCAAACAUCAAAUGGAUGGUCGAGUUCUUCAGGGUCGGGAGUUAACAGUUGUGUUUGCGGAGGAGAACAGGAAGAAGCCUACUGAGAUGAGGACAAGGGAGCGAGGGAGCAGUAGAGGCGGAGGAGGAGGAGGUCGAAUGCGUGACAGGAGGAUGUCCCCACCUCGUUAUUCCCGCUCUCCCCGCUAUUCUCGUUCACCACCUCCACGCGGGCGGGCGAGAUCAAGGUCACACAGCGCUGGUUAUUAUUCUCCACCUCCAAAACAACAAAGGCGAUACUCUAGAUCGGUGUCACCGCAAGAGAGGAGGUAUAGCAAAGAGAAGUCAUUCUCGCCUCGAUCAAGGAGCCGCAGCCAGACACCACCUCCAAGGAGGGCACCAAGUGAGGAGGGAAAUGGGGUUAGGAGGAGCAGGAGUCCCAGCAGAAGCCGCAGCCCACCACCGCCACCUAAAAGGAGCAGGAGCCCUGCAGAUGAUUACCCCAGGGACAGGGAGCUCAAUGGAGGCGAUAGGUCCCCUAGCCCAUGAUUCUUCAGCCUGGAUGGAGAGUUGUUAUUCAUGUUCGUUUUAUUUCUUCUUCUAAAACGGUCACCGAGUUGUCCUGCAGCGUAUUAGCGGAUUUGGUAUGUGAUGUAGGUUGCAAUAUGCUUGCUUCUGCUUUUCUUUUGUCUUUGAUUCGGAAACCUGUAGCAUGGUUGAGCUGCUGCAACUUGAAAUUCUGUUGUUUUUCAUCAGACCAAGGUACUUGAACAUAAUGUUCUGUUUUGUACUUGAACAUAAUGUUCUGUUUUGUUUUUGGCUACCAUUGAUCACUAGCUGGUAUGACUUAUUGUGCUGUUUUCAUGAACGUUACAUAUCUGGUAACUGGUAUCAUUAGCCUUUUCUGUUUGAGCUCUACUAUGGCUUCACAAUCGACACCGGUUGUACCAACUUAUUCAGAAGAAAAGGGAGGGCGAGAGUUGCCCUUAGAAAGUACACUCUUCAGACAUCAAUGACUGGAAACGCUAGGCCUAGGGGACGUAGUACAUUGGAUUGGGGAACUUGAAAGACUUGGUCGCCAUGGCCUCUCCCACCAAGCUGCACCACUGGUGCGAAUAGUUGGCAUGUAGCCUGUAUCCUUCCUUCACAAGCUGCAACCUCUUCUUCGACUUGAGCUCUCUCAUCUGCAACCCUGUGUCUGCUUUUUCCCCGAAAAGCAGGCGAUCCCAGCCGGUGAAUCCUGCAUUGACAAGGUUCCUCUCGGUGGCGCUCCUCUGACCCUCCCCUCUCCCGCUUAUUAUGAUCAACGCAAAACCCAGUUCCUUAAGCUCGUUGUAGAGCUUCAGGCUCGCCGGGAAAGCAGGGGCCACCGCCAUUUCCACCCAAUCAAAGUACACAGUUAAGUUCACCGUCUUGUAGCUGUGAAACAAAUUAAUUUAUGAGGCUCGAACCGUGAAUUGGGGCAAAUCAAUUAAAGCUGUGCAAAGUUAAGAGUACCCGAACUCGUAGUCUCGGAAGUAAGGCAAAUUGGUGAGGAGGGUCUCGUCGAGGUCGAAAACCCAGGCGUCCUUCCCGUCGCCGGCGAUGUCCACGGUCUUGGCGUAAGCGAGCGCGGCGUAAGCCAGCAUGUCGGAAUCGGCCUGGAUGCCGAUUCCGGUCAUGUAGUCUUCCACGUACUGGCGGCACCUCAGGGGUUUGUUGGAAGCCAGAUCGCCGGCAUUGUUCGUUUCUACCGACAGCCUCCAGCUGUCGCAGAAGACCUUGUCGUCGUAAGCUACGGCACCGUCCUGGUGGUGGGAGGCGGCGGUGGGGAGCUGGAUUGUUGACUGAGAAACGGCGGCGGUGAAGAUGAGGCUGAAGAGGGAAAUGAGGGGGAGAAGAAGAGGAGAGGCAGAGGGCGCCAUUGGGGAAAUCGAACGAUCAAAAUUUGGUCAGGUUAGAGAUAAGAGGCGAUGAUAGCCAUUAAAAGGCAUUAGCCUGCCCCUGUAUUUCUUUUGGA